GGACGGGGGGUGGGUGUCAAAACGUGUCACGACUCGUGUCUGGUCGUAUUCAGUAGAAAAAACUCGCCCUCUCGAAAUUUUUUGUCAGUUACCUGCCAUCUUCACUUCGAUACAGGUUUCGGCAGCUGACGGCUGAGGAAAAAUUUACAAAAAGGAAGUGGUCUCAACAUGGUCAAAGCCUUUUCCAAGGCAUUGCUUUAUUCUACACUACCUAUUUUUUGUUGUAUUGUGUCAUGCUUAAGUCAAAGCCAUCUAAGGCGAAGUCCAAGUGAUGCAAUUAAAGGUUCUGAAAAAUUUGGCACUUUUUCCUUUCCAUCAGUGGCAGAACAAGUGAAGAAACUGCACCAUACCCGAACCCAUAGGCAAAUUGAUUUUGGGAAACUACAACAAGAUCAUAGUGAUGUUUGGGUUGUGCAGGGAUUCAAGAAUUGGCGAGGCUGCCCAAGAGCUGUUCAUCAGUUUAAGGUUUUCCGAAAUUCCGCAGUGUGGUACGCCGUUAUCGCUACAAACGCAGCGGAGAACAAUACCGAAAUUUACUCAUUUACUGCGCAACGGGGAUGCGAAAAACUACUGGAAACAUUGCCGACUCGGUUGGCAUUUGAUUUUGAAAUCGUCCUCACUAACAACGUUUUUCGCAUCAUCGUCUUAGAGAAAAAUCCACUCGUAUACCCACACAAAAGGAGUGGCUCAUCUGUCUACAUUCUUACCUUUGCAACCGAUCUGACACUAAGCGCCAUCCGCAGCCAAGUGCUUCGUAAUGAAGAGCCAACUUGCAUCACUUCUUGGGAGCAAUUUGGAAUUCCAUAUGUUGUUAUUUGCAACGGGAAGAACCGGGACUCCAGGGGGAUCGACAGUGACUGGACAAAAUCUUAUAUAUAUUGUGCUAGAGGAAGCUAUUUCGACCAAUGCAGUGAAUUUGAAACUCAUUUUCCGAAGGCAAUCCGACAUUUUCGCAUAUUUUCCAAGCACUAUUUAGCUGUUGCAAAUUAUCCAAAUGAAACGGCGGCUGAAGAUGUGCCUACAGAAAUUCUUCGAUACGAUUUGAGAUCGAAAAUGUAUCAACAAUUGCAGCUGUUACCAACUAAAGGUGCAACCGAUAUUUGUUUCUUAAAAAUCGGUACGGGGUUGAACACCAUGCACUUCCUGGUUGUUGUCAACCAACUUGCCUUCAAUUCAACAGGGGCGCCAAAUAACAAUGCAAUUUCGCAUAUCUACAAAUUCGUUGGCGAAAAAUUUGAACCAUUUCAAUCCAUCCAGCUCAAUAGUAAAAAGGCUGGCUGUCUUGCAUUUCAGAUGGAUGACGAUAAAUCUGCUGUCGUGUUUUCCUUGUCGUGGGGGGCAGAAGUUUACCAAUAUAACGGAUGGCGUUUCAUAAGUGUCCUAAAGUAUUCUGAAUUUGCUCUUGGUACAGGAAUCACUCGCCUUGGAACAUUACAAAUGAACGGAGAAACAUUUAUAACUGUCGCAAAUGCAAAUCCAGAAACAUCUGACAGGGACAACUUGUUCUUACCAUUUUUCUCACGUCAGUUGAACUCUACAUUAUCUACCAUUUACAAGAACAGUUUGUUAUCCUGUCGUGAAAUGAUUACCGAACUAGAAGUGGAUCCAUCGAAGCUUAUACUAGAACUGUAUCCUCAGGCCGUUAAAAAGAAUGAUAGUGUUAUUCAAUUAGGCAAUGUCAACUUGAAAACUUUGUCUGCUGAUCGCGUGUGGACCAAUGAGGUGGAACUCAAAUCAAAUGGAUCAACCUUGGGAGCUACGCAAAUCCUUCAACUGAAAAAGUUUGCCAUUAAAAUGGGUGACAUAAGUAAAAAACUACAAGCACUGAGCACACGAGUUAAGCUAGCAAUAAGAAAAAGCGGGGAUUACGCAAUCCAUGGACGGGUCCAUUUCGAUGCUCUAGUUAGCAAUUGUAAAGGCAGACCUUGCAUAUUGGAAAAUGUCAGAGCGAAAACUGUGAAUUCUGUAGAUAUUGCGGAUGCUUAUCAACAGACCGUUAUGCAAACAGAUAAGUCAAUUCCGUCUCUUAAAACUAGAAAGCUCGAAGUUCUCCGAAGCCUACCGAUCAACACUACAUCUUUAUCCGGCCAUGACAUCAAAGAUUACCUUACAAUGGACGACGAUCUUAAAUUUCAGAACAGAACCAAAAUUGAAGGCAAUUUACUGGUGAAUGGUCACAUCAAUUGCAAAGGUCAAGUUGAUGGGUACAGUAUUUCUCCUAAUACUCUACUUCUUCGACAAGGCAAUCAGCAUUUAAACUGGACGCUAAAAGUCAAUGACGUGCGUCUCAAAACGUUGAAAACCCAGCUUAUAAAUGGAAGAAACAUUAGUUAUUUAUACCAAAAGGCCAUUUCAAACACGACGAAUUUCACUUUUCCUCAAUCAAAGCUCUUCUCGUCGCUUGCCGUUUCUAAGCUUCAGCUUAAUGGAUUGGUUAACAAAGUAAAUCUGACGAAUUUGGACAAGAAUUCAAUGAAACUGAAUGGCAAUCACGUCGUUAAUGGCCUCCAUCAAUACACUGCUGCCCAUCUUGGUCGAACCGUCCUAAACGGUUCUUUCAAUGGAAAACAGUUCCCUACAGAUUUCAUCUCUAUUAAGGAAAACAACGAGCUGAAGCUAAAUACAUUGAAGCUAACGCACGACACCAAGUUAAAACGCUUAACAGUCACUGAUAACAUAGCCGGCAAUCCUGUGACAAAAGGUCGGUGGGGUACUAACUUGUUCAACAAAUCAAGCAACGAGUUACAGCUGGUCACUGGCAAGAAAAGGUUUGAAAAUCUCAAAUCAAAGAGCAACGUGUUAUCCAAGACCAUCAAUCAGCUCCCAAUGGAUGUUUUUAAUACCACUAGCAGCCUUUACGGACAGCCGGGAAAUUUAUUAAUCUACGAUUCGAUAGCUGUUGAGGGAGAUGUUAUAUUCGAAAAACCUCUUUCUGUUAGUGACACAGAAGGAGUGGGCAUUAAAAUGCUGGAGGAAAGGGGUAUCUUAUUAUCAACCAAGGAUUUCCCUCCAACAAGGUCACUAACUGUGGCGAGCAAUGUUAUGGUAAAACGAGAUCUUUCCACGGUGAAAUUAAAUGGAGUACCAAGUGGGGACUUCUUUACAAGAGACAGAAAAACUCCCAUCACUUUUAAUGGUCGAAAAGAGUUCAACAAUUCCGUAUCUCUGAACCAUACUUUCACUCUUCUCUAUACCCUUAAUGGCUUUGACCUGCGACAUUUGUGGAAGCAGUCUUUGAAAAUUGAAGGCGAUCAGAUGCUUUCUGGUUCCUUACUUAUAAAGAACGAUGUCGACGUGGUCAAACUCAAGGCCCAGAAAUCACAACUUGUUUCGCUGAAUUCACCUAUUCCGGUGGCUGGCAGUAAGCACUUCCGAAACUUGACCAUCGAAAAAGAUUGGUUUGUUGAUGCAUUAGAAAUAGCAGGUCUAUUUAACGACGUGGACGUUAGCUCAUGGCCGAGGGAUACUAUCCUUAAAACUGGAAAACAUCAAACAAUUACGUCACAGAAAAGCCUCAUUUCAUUGAAAGUUAAAGAUGUUGAAGCUGCCGCAGUAGACGACCUUGAUGUUAAGCAAUUCCUAGAUGUAGUUCUAAUCGACGAACCUAUUAUAAUUCAUUCUGAUGUCAUCAUCAAUGGAACGUUUUCCAGCGAGAAAGUAGUCGUGAGCGGGACCAUCGACGGAGUGCAUAGUAAUGCCCCAUUGAACUGGCUUUGCUAUGAAGGAAAUCAAACAAUACCCGGUAGUCUGAAAAUUCGGGAAACCUUGGACGUCGCUGAUUUUCGACAAAAUUCCUGGGUGGUGAACGGUGUUGACUUGAACCUCCUUCUUAAAGAGGCAGUUCGCACCGAUGACUCUAGAAACUUUUCAUCAAUUGAAUUCGGUCAUUUGGUAAUAGAUAAUUUAGUUGUUGGAGGUUUCAUUCAAGGGCAUAAUGUCACCAAAGAACUCGUUCGCAAACACUCCGGCAAAGACCGUCAACCCAUUUUAGGUCUGAAAUCGUUUUCAGGUCCCCUCGUAUCGGAUUCUCUUCGCGUGGUUAAAGACAUCAAUGGCGUUGAUCCAAAACAUGUUUGUGAGACGCCAAUCCCUCCACAGACAUCAAAUUGGAUUGUAUUUGGUAAUGUGCUCUUUAAGCGAGGCGCAAAACUGAAUGCGUCUAAGAUCAAUGACCGCAUGUUGAAUGAAACCAUGCAUCAUCUUUGGCUGAAAGAAGCCAACAUUGACAUCAAGCCGACACAGAAUUUCACGAAUGUGAUUGUAAAGGGUAUUCUGCCAGAGAAAGUAAUUAGCAACGUGAGUUUAUCGGACUUGAAUCGGCGAGCAGUGAAGUUGUCAUCGUCGGCUGAUCAAAACGUAACCGCAUUCCACGAGUUCGCAUCUAUAGAGACUAGAGGUUUCUUGGCGGUCGAAUCGUUAAAUAGUUCCAGUAUAAACAAAAUUGAUAUCAGUCAAAUUACCAGCUCAGUGCUUCUCCGGGAUACUGAGCAGAACAUUACAAAUCGCAUCAUGUUUCAAGAUGUGGUUGUAUCAAACGUUACUGUUGAUGGGUUGCUGAAUGGCGUGGAUGUCAGCACAUCGGUGAUGCGCAAUGAUCGGGACAAUGUCAUAACAGGCAGAAAAUCUGUAAUGACACUCCAAGUGCAAGAGGUCCUAGAGAUGUGUGACAACUGCUCUGUUGGAACAUAUGAUAUUUCAAACUGGGCGUCUAGAGCUGUACUUCGCAAAGGCAACUUCACACUUUCCGGAGCCAAAUUCGAAUCGCUUGUGUUCCAGCAGCCUUUAAAUCUGAAGGGUACGCUUAACAACGUGACUUUAAGCCGAGAUCUUGUGCUUACUCUCUCCGACCAGCAAGAAUUUAAUGGGCGUCUAUCAAUUUCUUCACUUCUUCCUGAUGAAAUAUUGUAUUCAAGUGAACAAGGACGUGUUUAUCAACAAGCAACCGAAGAAUUUAGCGUGGCUGCUCGUUUCACCAAUCUUCAGGUUAACGGAUUGUAUGAUGGCAUUUCUUUACGACACUUUUACGAUCAAGCAGUUCGCCGGGACAUUGACGUGAAGUUUUCUGAACCGGUGGUUUUGUCGAGUCUGGUGACGAACAAUUUACAGGAUUUGUCAGUUAAUUCCACAAUCCGCGAUAUCAUUGAACUACCUUUGAACGUUUCUCAUCACGUGGCUGCUAGUCCAGUUAUUCAACAAGAAAUACGUCAGCGUUCAUUAUCCUCCAUGGUGCAGAAUAUGAAACGUGUCGUUUCACGUCAAACUGUGGAACUCAGAUUCUUCGAGGAGAUGGCAGUUCCCCAAAGUUUACCACCUGUCGUGGAUGACACUUUCGCUUGGGAAACAGCUGCUGGUGAAAUCGAAUUAUGCUCCUACGUUGAAAAAGAAGGAACGCUAUUCUAUGGCUCGUCGAGUUCACCGUUAUUAAAGGAUGUUGAAGUAACGGGUGUUGCCUCACUGAGAUCUGCGGAAGGUUUUGCUGUGGCCGCUUUGGAUCGCAGUACGAAACGGAAGCACGAUUCGUUCAUCUUUUCACCUCUACUUUCGGACAAGCUUGAUAUUCAAAUCAUCCCUACAGAUUUUCCGAUUGGGGCUACAGCAUUCUUGCUUGUAAAUAGUUCCUGUUAUCUUUUCCUCGAAAAAACUUCCAAAACUCCAAUUUAUUGCCGACCUUUGAGCUCUAAUGGAAACUACACCUUGAUCCAGCGUCUACCGAUUGUAGACGCCCGAUUGGUCACUGUUGGCUACCAUUAUAAAUCUGGCUUACCCCUACUAAGCAUUGCAACUGUCGGGCAGCGAGGAUACGGCUACAUUACCAUCUGGAAUUUCAAUGUUACGAGCCAAGAAUUUGAGCCAUGGAAAACGAUAGUUACUCUCCAGAUUAUCGCCUUGGAUUGCAUUUGCAAUGAAGCCCAAUGCCUUCUGGUAACUGUGGCACCAUCUAAACCGGCUGCGAUUCCAGGACAAGUCAUUAUUUGGAGGCUAAAUGACGUGGGACCACCCACCAGGUUACAGCGAAUCGCGUUUUCUGAACCAAUUGACGCUAAAUUUGCUCGCUUACCUGAUGGACGCUUAGCCCUGAUGGUUCUUCAAAGUAGUGGUGUUGACAACGUUUAUGUCUACGUAUGGAGAGGCAUUCUGCAGUUCCAGCACGAAACAACCAUCCGUGCUCCUGGAGCGCAUAGACUGCAACCGAUCGCUAAUAACGUCCAAAUGAUACUUGCUCUAACUGUUUCAUCUGAAGUUCCGUUUGGUCCUGUACGGAUGUUCCGUGCCCAAUUUCUUGGCCAGCUCAAUUGAUCUGUAGGAACUCUAACCCUUUCGCCUCUAGUCAUUUUUGUGUUAUUUUCUCGUAUCGAGGUUUGUUCUUAAAUUUGAACUGUGCUCUCGUUUCUCCUCACAGUGCGCCAGAAAGAAACUAAAUUAGGCAUAGCUAAAGUUUCCAUUCUUCCUCUCUUACAUUUCGUUGCAAGUCCCCUUCUGUUGUUAAAUGUUGCUUACAAAUUACAAAGUUAAGGUUGAA